UUCGAGGCGCCAUGAGGCACGCGAGGUCUUGGAGACUUUGGCUUUGGGUGGCGGUCUUCCUGCUUCCUGCGUCCACUUCCGUGACAGUCCGGGACAAGCCAGAAAAUCUAUGUCCUAUACUGAGAGCAGAUGGAUAUCAGCUUAAACAAGGCAGCAGAGACAAACUUGAAAUUUCAGGUUUUGAUUUAGGAGAGAGUUUUUCUCUGAGGCGUGCAUUUUGUGAAGGUGAUAAAGCUUGCUUCAGACUGGGAAGUGUGCUUCUCAUUAGAGAUACUAUUAAGAUCUUUCCCAAAGGCCUUCCUGAAGAGUAUUCCAUAGCUGCCAUGUUCCGUGUACGACGAACCACCAAAAGGGAGCGGUGGUUUCUAUGGCAGGUGUUGAACAAGCAGAAUAUGCCCCAGGUUUCCAUAGUGGUCGAUGGUGGAAAGAAGGCAGUGGAAUUCAUGUUCCAUGCUGCGGAGGGAGAUGUGUUGAACUACAUCUUUAAAAACCGAGAACUCCGCCCUUUGUUUGAUCGCCAGUGGCAUAAACUCGGCAUUGUUAUACUGUCUCGAGUUAUUUCACUCUAUUUGGAUUGCAAUUUAAUUGCGAGACGGCAGACUAGUGAAAAGGACAUGGUUGACUUUCAUGGACGGACAGUCAUAGCUGCACGAAUUACAGACGGCAAGCCUGUGGACAUUGAACUUCAUCAACUUAAUAUCUACUGUAGCUCAAAUUUUGUAGCUCAAGAAACCUGCUGUGAAAUAUCAGAUACUAAGUGUCCAGAGCACGAUGACUUUGGAAGCUCUGCAUCCGCAUCCGUAAUCACUCAUGCCAGUGAAAUGUCAGCACACCUGUCAACAAAGCAAGAGCUUAAAGACCACUGUCACUGCAUUCCAAACAAGGGAGAAGUGGGAUUGCCAGGAGCUCAAGGUUCACCUGGUCAGAAAGGGGAUAAAGGAGGAUCGGGUGAAAACGGUUUCCCUGGUGCUCCAGGCUUACCUGGUCAAAAGGGAGAACAAGGAUUGGAAGGCAGCAAAGGAGAAAUUGGGGAAAAGGGUGAACCAGGAGAAAAAGGUGACCUGGGUCUGGCUGGCAUUAAUGGACAAGAUGGUUUGAAAGGUGACAUGGGUCCCCGUGGUCCACCUGGUCCGCAAGGAGAAAAGGGAGAUAUGGGACCUCCUGGACCAGCCUUAACUGGCUCUCCAGGGAUCCAAGGCCCCCAAGGUCCACCUGGAAAAGAAGGUCAGAGGGGAAGACGAGGAAAACCAGGACCCCCAGGGCCACCUGGUCCUCCUGGAAUGCAAGGAGCACAGCAGACUUUUGGUGGAUAUUAUAACAAGGGGGAGCCUUUUUUACAAGGUGAAAAGGGAGAUCAGGGAGAACCUGGGACAAAAGGCUCACAGGGAAUAAAGGGUGAACCUGGAGACUCUGGUCCCCCUGGCCUAAUAGGAAGCCCUGGACUAAAGGGUCAGCAAGGACCUGCAGGUUCUAUGGGACCCAGAGGACCACCAGGAGAUGUUGGGUUACCAGGAGAACACGGCAUCCCUGGCAAACAAGGCACGAAAGGAGAAAAGGGAGACCCAGGCGGCAUUAUGGGCCCUCCUGGGCUUCCCGGUCCAAAAGGCGAGGUUGGUCCUCCAGGGAAAAGCCUGCCAGGAGAACCAGGGUUCGAUGGCAAUCCUGGAGUACCUGGCCCACGUGGGCCAAAGGGUGAACGAGGACUGCCAGGCGUCCACGGUGGUCCCGGCGACAUGGGCCCACCUGGGGUAGGGAUUCCUGGACGAACAGGCUCCCAAGGACCAGCUGGAGAUCCAGGCAUUCAGGGUCCUCGAGGUCUCCCUGGGUUGCCGGGAACUCCGGGAUCUCCAGGGAAUGACGGGGCUCCAGGACGGGACGGAAAGCCGGGCCUUCCAGGCCCCCCAGGUGACCCGAUUGCACUUCCCCUCUUGGGAGACAUCGGUGUCUUGCUCAAGAACUUCUGUGGCAAUUGCCAACCCAGUGUUCCCGCACUGAAGAGCCACAGGGAAGAAGGAGAUGCUGGGGAGCCUGGGAAGUACGACUUUCCAGCCCAGAAGGGUGACACAGGGCUGCGGGGUCCUCCGGGAAUUCCAGGCAGGGAAGGACCGAAGGGAAGCAAAGGAGAGCGAGGCUACCCUGGGAUACCUGGAGACAAAGGUGAUGAGGGUCUCCAAGGAAUUCCGGGCAUUCCAGGUGCCCCAGGACUGACUGGACCCCCUGGCUUAUUGGGGAGAACGGGACAUCCUGGUCCUGCAGGAACAAAGGGUGACAAGGGCAGCGAGGGACCCCCUGGGAAGCCUGGACCACCCGGCCCACCUGGUGUACCAUUCAAUGAGGGAAAUGGAAUGAGCAGCUUAUAUAAAAUCCAGGGAGGUGUGAGUGUUCCCAGUUAUCCAGGCCCACCUGGCCCACCUGGCCCAAAAGGCGAUCCUGGCUCAGUGGGAGAACCUGGUCCAAUGGGAUUGCCAGGACUAGAAGGGUUUCCAGGUAUAAAGGGAGAUCGAGGCCCUGCGGGUUCCCCGGGAGUGGCUGGUACAUUGGGAAAGCCUGGCACUCCAGGCCCUCCAGGAAUCCCAGGGGAGGCCGGUGAAAGAGGACCUGUUGGAGACACAGGUUUCCCUGGACCAGAAGGACCCUCGGGAAAACCAGGAAUAAAUGGAAAAGAUGGAUUACCAGGUGCUCAGGGCAUCAUGGGUAAGCCUGGAGACAGAGGUCCCAAAGGAGAACGUGGCGACCAGGGCAUUCCAGGAGACAGAGGCCCACAAGGUGAACGUGGAAAACCAGGCCUUCCAGGCACAAAGGGCGCCCUAGGUCCUGUGGGGCCUCCAGGAAACAAGGGCUCCACCGGGUCCCCCGGCCACCAGGGCCCUCCAGGCUCUCCAGGCCUCCCCGGCCCUUUAGUUGAUGGCGUUUCAUUCGAAGAAAUACAGAAAUAUAUCAAUCAAGAGGUCCUGAGGAUUUUUGAAGAGAGGAUGGCUGGGUUCCUGUCCCAGCUCCAGCUUCCAGCGGCAAUGUUGGCUGCUCAAGGUCAUGGACGGCCUGGUCCGCCAGGGAAGGAUGGGCUCCCUGGACCACCGGGAGACCCUGGACCUCAAGGCUACCGAGGACAGAAGGGACAAAGAGGUGAACCUGGAAUUGGGCUGCCAGGGAGUCCUGGACUUCCCGGGACUUCAGCCCCAGGUAUACCAGGCUCCCCAGGUGCUCCAGGUCCUCAAGGCCCUCAGGGCCCCAGCGGAAGGUGUAACCCAGAAGAUUGCCUCUACCCCGUGUCUCACGCACGGCAGCGGACAGGUGGAAAGUGACCUACACGCCGAGGAAGACCUGCUUCCUGGUGAGAACCUCCUUGCCACUGGAGGUAUCUUCAUACCGGCAGCCCUCGUAAUAUGUGGGCUUUUGUUUUGUUUUGUUUUAUAGGCCAGACAUUGAAAGCAACUAUAGUAAUUAUACUGGCAACAUUUUUUAAGUUUUACCAAAUUCAUUCCAUAUAUUUUCCUCUACCACUACUACAAUUUUUAUUCAGGGGUUUGUAUGACAUAUGCAAACACAAGCAAGUCUUAAUCUUUAUCUUCUUCGAGAGGAAAUUAUAUUUCGCUGUUCAGUUGACUGAUGAUGUACAUUUUGUGGUUUCAUCAUGUGUUUGGUCUUUGGUUUCUGAAUUUUGAAGUUUCAUAUUUUUCUUGAAGUUUUCUUGGUAUUUAAAUUUACUUUCAUGGCUGAAAUUUUUGUCAACUUUUUAAAAUAGUUUAGCACUCCCAUUGAAUGUUUCUGACAACUUUUUGUAGCAUAUGACUUCUUACACCAUCCGACAGCAAUCCUGCUCAUGCAGAGAAACAGAUAGGCAAUAAGUGCUUCACUUUACAACUUAUUUUGGAAACACCACAUGAGACUAUUUUAUCAGGGAGCCAAAAAAAGAAAGAAAGCAAAGGAACUAUCUUUGCCAACUACUGAAAUGAUGUUGUUUGGUCUGUGUAAUGAACUCAAUUCAAAGCACUCACCAGUGGCAGGGCUAUGCCCUGCAGAAGAAGGAGGGACCCAUUGUGAUUGCCUAAGCACAUGUUCCCCAAGGAACUAUGAACACUCUCGAUGGCCCCUUCCCUGAGCCCGUCACUGGAGAAACAGGAAGAUGUUUUCCCUAAGAGGUGUUUGCUCAUGAAAGGAACCAAGCUGUCAUUGCUACUCUUGAAACUUGAAUGACCUGCCAAGGAAGGUCCGUGGGCUCCAGCCACCAUUCUCCUCUGGCCUCAUUGCUCUCACAGUUGAAGACCCAAACUGGACAAAGAACAAAGGUUGGGAUUUAUAGCCAUUAGAAAAGAAACACCUUGCCCUAGAAGACGAAUGUGUGGCAUCCGUCCCAGAAUUCUCAAAGGGAAUGAUGUCUCAGCAAGACACACAGGGCAUUGAAGGAAAGCCAUGGGAAGGAAUGCACAACGCUGAAGAUGCACUCAGACCAGAGGUAACACUGGUGACUGGGAGAAGCCACGGGUGCUGCCAGACCACAUCCGCGGAAAUCACACGGAAAUAUCAUAAUCACCAACCAACUUUCUAAAUGGUCUUUUUCUUGCCUAGCGCUAUGUUAUUUUGAGGAGCCUUUGGAUGAAAACAACCAUCAGUUUUCCAGGAUAGUGGACAGGAGGCUGCCACGGAAAUCCCGGCGCUGGUCCCAGGGAUGCUGUGAAGCAGCCCACACCUGUUCGGGGCAGUACGAAUUCCAGUUUGGCUACACCAGGGCAAGAUGAUUGCUCUUGCCUGUUCAUAGAAAGUUGGUGUCGAAGGGCGAGCCCACUGCAGCGGGAAAAGCUGUGGACAGAGCAGUGCACGCAGUAAGGCACUGCUUGCCCCAGGGCACCCCUGACUUGAACUGGCUUUCAAUCUAGCUGGAUGAACUGCUGGCCAGGUGUAGUCCACAGGGCUGUGCACACCCCAGCCUUCUAGUUAGUUCAUCUUGGUUUAUGCUGGCUGGUUGGAGUUUUAGGAUUUUUUAUUACAAAUGUAUUUAUUUUAUUGUACAACUUUAUUUUAUUUAUUUUAAGUGUUUUUAACUCUAGGUCAAUUUUCUUCUUCAUUUUCUUACCUGUGCAAUACCUACAAUGGUGCUGUGUUUUAAACUUACACAAUUGGAAUAUAAAUUUGUGCGUUUCUUACUAGGGUGAUAAUUUAUCCGAAAAGCUGUACAUAGAUCUAAAAUCUGGUGCUAUGUGUAUAUCUUGAUCUUUUCAUUUGUUUAACAGUAAUUCUGAAAGCAUAUGAUUUAUCUAUAGGAAGUCACUCAUUCAUUUAUUUGAGUUUGUCAGAAAGCUAAUUAAGCAUUUUAUGUUUUCAAAGAUUAUUUUUCAUAGUAAUUAACUGGUUGUUUAUCCUAUGCCUCUUUGCUAAUUCUAAAAUAUUUUAUUUCAGCAUUUUAAUAUUUCGUGGACUUCUUUGCUAAUUGUGAGCAAUAUAUUUUCUUGUUGUUUUUCUUCCUUUGAGGUAAUGCUUUCAUAUACAUAAAAAGCAAUUCAGUUUUCUUUCAUGAAUUCUGUUCAUCUAAUUCCACAGAAGAUGUAAUGCAUAUGUUCCUAAAAAAUGUAUAUUAGGAAUCUUUCUUUCUGUGAUUUUCUUUUUACAGGUUUGGUUUAAUCCUGUUUCAAAGAUUUGGACUCAUUCAUGGGACUGGGGUGGGGGAUGUAGGGUGAUAUGAUGCAGAUUGCAAAGGACAACCGUCAAAGGGUUGAAGCUCUUCUUUUUUUUUUUUUUUUUUGGCCCCUUGGACACAUACUAAAGCUGCCCUUGACAUAGCGAGAAAAUUGGGCUCCGCACUCUCCACACAGUACAAACCUCUCUCCCUGCACUACUGUCUUUUCUCACCCUUUUCUCUCCCUCAUUGUAUGCCUCUGAUACCCAAUAGGGAGGGCGGAAGAGAGACAGAGACCAGAUAAAACAGCACAAGCUGAAACAGAGAUUUGACAAUUGCCUAAUUCCUUUCAUGAAGGACACCUGGUGGGGCCCUAGGUUGUGCAUUGGGCUACAACCACGGGGUUGGCUGUUCAAAACCACCAGAUGCUACUUUGGAAAAAGGUUUCUACUCUUGUAAAGAAUUACAACUUUGCAAAAUUGGUGCAGUUCUACGCUUGUCCUACAGGGUUGAUCUGGGACGGAAUCGACUUUUGGAGUAAUUCCUUUCAUGAAAAAGAAAUUAAGCAAAAUAGAAUGAGGAUUUUUUUCCCUCUAAAUAAUUUUUGUGAUUUCCAAAUCUCUUGUACCAUUUUUAUUCCAGUCCAACACAUUUGUUUACUCCUACAUAGAUGUUAGUAAUGUCCAUAGCAGGAAAGAAAAAUGGUCAAAUUUCCUGAAUUAUCUAUUAUGCCAAAUAAUUCUAGGCCUUGAUGAUCAUUCGUAAUUAAAAUAUUUGCCCUACACGAGUAUGUUUGAGUUCCAGUCUUCCAUACCAAGAUUAAUGAACACUUUUCAGAUAGAAAUCCUUCUAAGCAAAGAAAAAAUAUAUGGCAAAUUAAUCGGCACGGCCUUUGGCAUCUGAGGAGAAGGGGAAGGAUAACCCAUGAAUUUGCCCUUUGCUCUUUCCCACUAAGGACAUUGUCACUUGUAGUCACAACAGAAACACAACCAGUCUGAGCAUUGCCAGUGGUGCACCUGGUGAACUCUAAUGACUUAGGUACACCUAAAUUUCCUCCUCUGUUUCUAUUUCCUGACAUUGCUGAAACUUACCAUUGUGUUCACCUGUUAUGUUAUGGAGCUUAAGCAAUUACCUUAAGAUACGUUAUCUAUUAAAAUUGUCAUUUGAUGUUUGGCUUAUGAAAUAACGUCUUAUGAAUGUGUGUGAUGAGUUAGGUUCCCCCUGUGCGGCAGUUUUUCUCCUGUGAGCACCUGUGAUAUACCUCCUUUUGUCCACAAGAUGGUGCUCAAAUCAUCCAUUCGGAGGAAACAGCCUCACGGAAAUCCAAGACAGUUUAGUGGAUCAGACCCUGGCCUUUGCACUUAUUUUUUUAAUUUUGUAAAUAAUUUCAUUCUGCGAGUUUAUGUUUUGAUCGUGUUUAUGUUUUUCCUCAUUUUAAGUCUUUCUAUGAGAUGCCAGCACAAUGGCCUCUGUUCAGGCCCAAUGGGGUUAUGUGAUACAACUGAUGGGAGUGGGUUACUUGUUUUAUGGAUUUGUCGAAGGUGAAUACGGGGCAGAAUGGGAGAUUUCAUUAAAUUUAAGAGUAGUUAAAUAGGAUUUAAACUUAUCCGAAGCGUGUGUGCUGCUUGCCCAUGGUGUGUAUUGGUAUAAAGAUGCUAGUUAUUUUACAACUUUUUGUUUUGCUGUAUUAUUUGAAGUAUAUCUUAAGGGUAAAUAUUUCCAGUGUAUUAAUGUAUUUAAAUUCAAGUUGUAUUGUGGCGUAUUUUAUAGCUAUUUAUUUUUUUUAAUAUCUUUCAGGAUGUAUUUUCCUCAACUUAUUUGUUCCCUAUAUCAUACUAUAAAAUGAUUUAAGCCUGCCUCAUGUUAAAUGGAAUGGCACUAUUUCUUUUUCUUCGAAGUCCCAUGUGGGUAUAAUACUUUGAGGCCUUGAUUCCUAUUGGUUUAUUUUGCAUAAUGAGUUUUGCACCUAUAUCAGCAAUAAAGAAUUUGACCUGAAA